AUGCAUAAUGAGCAGAUAUUUCCCAAGUACGCAAGAAACUUCAAGCGGCAGUGGGCGUGGCAGGUGGAAAAUAAGGAGCAGGAGGCGGAAACGGAGGCCAGUUGGUGCGCAAAUCAGUUGGAGGAAUCCCCCAUAAGCCAUGUGAUUCGACCACAAGGCUUCAGUUUAGAGGAACUGCGUCAGACUCUGGGCCACUCCGUGAUUCGUGAGCAAUGCUAUUUUAUCUAUGGAACCAAUAACAUUCUGGAGAUUAUUUCAGGAUUCGAUGAGCUGCUCAACCAGGAGCAGAUCGAAUUCGGAGCGGAACAACUGGCAUCGGUUUACGUGACCGGGAUGAUGGUCUAUCAACUCCAUCACGAGAAUUUGGCGGACACCCAGGUGAAGAGAACUCUCUUCCUGCAGAGGUCCUUUGAUUACAUGGCCUGCACCGAGGAAACCCACAUCCACCAGAUAUGCGUAAAUAUCCUGAGCCUGUUGGAUAUCAACAAUUCAGAUGUAAUCCUGAACUUGAUUUCCUGCUGCCGAGUAGCGAGUCCGCUGAGCACGAUGGCCCGGGUUUUGGGGAACUGUCUGCUUUGGGCCAUGUUGGAUCGGCUGGCAGAUUUGGGCCUGGACUCAUACCGAUUGCGCUCACCCGGGACACUUCUGCUCGUCAUCGCAAUGGUGAAUCCCCGGACCUACCUGCAAUCCUAUCUGCAUGUCCUGCAUUUGGUGGUCCGCUUGAUAUCCGGUAUCCUGAUUGUGGGACCGUUGGGUGGCCAUUGCCAACAGUUUUGCCAGGAGACCGGCGUGCCGGAAGGUUUAAUGCAACUCGCAAGGGAGGACUCGUCCGUUUUGGUUCGCUGGCUGAUCGCCGUCGUUCAAGAAAUGCGUCCGCAAAUGGUGGGCGACGGCGACUUGGCACACCUCCAUGAGCGUCUGGUGCUUUUGGAGGCCAUUUGCGAGCUAAUGCAAAUACUGCAUGGCCAUCUGGUAAAAUACUACCAAGAAACAAAUUCUCAAACCACAAACUAAUGCUAACAUAGAGCUAAUUAAUAAAGAAACAAAUUGUCAUACUAUAUUUUCCAAAACAAAUAAUGAAUAACCUCAAUUCUAUUUGAACUAUACUUUUUAAAAUUAAAAACUUACCUUUAAUUUUUAUUCAUAUGUAUAAAACUAAAAUUUAAAUAAUUUUAUGAUGGACUUUUGACGUUACUGAACUUUAAGGAUAUUGGAAAAAUAGACUUAUUUUAAAAUAAAACGAAAAGUAAAAAAAAAACAACAGUUGUACAUCGCA